AUGUCUGGACCUGGUGUCGGCUUCGAGUAUCCUCCUCAGUCCGUUUCUUGGCUGAAGCGCGAUGUGCUGCUCUUCGCAAACUCUAUCGGCGCUACUGCCGACGAGCUUCACUUCCUCUACGAACUCCACCCCAACUUUGCCGUCUUCCCUACCUAUCCUGUCAUCCUGCGUAAGUGGCCUAUUGCCGUCAUCCCCUUGACCGACCGGCUUGACCUUGUGUGUGUAAGAGCUGACAAAUUGGGCGAAACAGCGUUCAAGGGCGACACACAGGAAGUGAUUGACUUCUACGCCGCCCAGAAGAAGAUCAAGGUCCCCGGCGUUCCCGACUUUGACUCCCGCCGCGUCGUCGACGGCCAGCGAAAGAUUGAGUUCCUCAAGCCCCUGCCCGUCUCCUCCGAGGGCCACAAGUUCGAGAUCCGCCAAAAGGUCCUCGGCGUCUACGACAAGGGCCGUCCCGGCUCUGUCGUCGACACCCAGCUCGAGCUUGUCGAUGCCAACACCAACGAAGUCUACACCCGUCUCUUCGGCAGCGCUUUCUACGUUGGCCAGGGCAACUGGGGCGGUCCCAAGGGCCCUGCCACCGAGAACUUCCCUCCCCCCAAGGACAAGAAGCCCGACUGGGUGCUGGAGAACCAGAUCUCCAGGGAGGCUGCUCACCUGUACCGUCUGAAUGGCGACUACAACCCCUUGCACGCCACCCCCGAGCCUGGCGUCAAGAUGGGCUUCCCAGGCGCCAUCAUGCACGGUCUGUAUUCGUGGAACUCUACCGCCCACGCCAUCCUCAAGGCUGUAGGCGGCAGCGAUCCUGCCAAUCUCAAGGAGUACCAGGCCCGCUUCGCCAGCCCCGUGCUGCCCGGCGACAAGCUCAUCACUCAGGUUUGGAGGACAGGAGAGAAGAAGGGAGAGUUUGAGGAGGUUCGGUUUGUUGUUGCUGUCGAGGGCGGAAAGGUGUGCUUGAGCAACGGCCGUGCCUUGGUCAACAUCCUGGGAGACAUCAAGGGAAAGCUGUAA